GAGGCACGUUAACGACCAAAGCAUGCCAUGUCUUCUUUGAUCCGUAAUAUUAUAUAUAACGUAACUUUAAAUGCAACAAAAGACCUUUUCUAUCUAUACUCUAUACUUGAAAGAUAGGCAGGCCCUUCUUUCUUUCUCCUCUGGUCCUCUCUCUCUUCCUUCUUCUUCUGGUUCUUGUUCCGCUUUUUGAGGUGUUGUGUUGUGUUGUAUCCGAGAGCGAUCUUUACGUCCCCCUCAUGUGGACAACAACCCAGCCUGUCAUCCCUUCACCUUUGUCAUUUUCAAUAGAUUCAUCAAAUAUAUAAAGCAAGAAGAGAUCGAGCUUCAUGCCACAGUACUCAUUUUUAUUUUCCAUUUUCGAAGCACAAGAAGGCUUAUUAAUGGCUAGAAAAGUACUUCUUGCCCUGUUUCUUACUCUUCUAUCUUCUUCCAUUACAGCCCAAAAUGUCUCCACCGGAGAUAUAAACUGGUGGUGCAAUCAAACCCCCUACGCUGACGACUGCAAGUACUUCAUGACAAGCCAUUUCUCUGAGUCUUUCAAACCCAAAGACAAAUCUCAGUUCUUGAAAAUGUCAGUACAAGUAGCUUUAGAGCAAACACUUCUCUGCCAGAAUCAGACAGUCUCACUCGGACCGCCCAAGUGCGGCGGUGGCGGUGGCAGCGGCGGUGAACAAGAGGCAUGGGCAACUUGCCUGGAGCUAUACGAUAGCACCGUACGCCAACUCAACCGCACUAUCAACCCAGACGGCAAGAUUACUAAUUUUGAUGCACAGACAUGGCUGAGCACUGCUCUUACCAAUCUCGAGACGUGCAGGGCCGGCUUCGCCGACAUAGGGAUCACAAACGUUACGUUGCCGACGCGGUGGGAUAAUGUGUCUAACUUAAUCAGCAACACAUUGGCCAUUAACAAGGCUCCUACAGAAGAUGAUGGAAGUGGUACUCAUGAUUACCCUAAUUGGGUAUCAGAAGUUGAUAGAAAGCUCUUACAGUCGAGAGGUUUGGGUGCAAGGGCGAAGUUUGUGGUGGCUAAAGAUGGGUCUGGAAAUUUUCGUACCAUUAAGGAUGCUUUGGAUAUGGCAGUGAAGACUAGGAAAGGAAGCAGGAGGAUUGUGAUUUAUGUGAAGGGAGGGGUGUAUUGGGAGAACAUAGAGAUCGAUGCUACCAUACCCAAUAUCAUGCUCGUCGGAGAUGGGAUGAGGAAGACCAUUAUCAGUGGAAGCAAAAGUGUGGGGGGAAGCACCACCACCUUCACAUCUGCAACUUUUGGAGCCAUGGGUGAAGGAUUUAUUGCACGAGGCAUCACGUUCCGUAACACGGCCGGACCAAAAAGCCAAGCAGUAGCACUCCGGUCCGGUUCAGAUCACUCUGCUUACUACCGUUGCGGCUUUGAAGGAUAUCAAGAUACCCUCUACGUUCACUCUCAAAGACAAUUCUACAAAGAAUGCUACAUCUAUGGUACCAUAGACUUCAUCUUUGGCAACGCAGCUGUAGUAUUCCAGAACUGCAUCAUCUAUGUAAGAAAACCUAUAUUCGGUCAAGCUAAUGUGAUAACAGCCCAAGGACGAAUCGACCCGAACCAGAACACCGGCAUUUCAAUCUAUAAAUCAUCAGUCAUGGCUGCUUCAGAUCUGAGACCGGUUCUAAGCUCUUAUAAGACAUUCCUGGGUCGACCAUGGAAGCAAUACUCUCAAACCGUCUAUCUUGAAACCUAUCUUGAUAAUUUGGUUCAUCCAAAGGGUUGGACCACAUGGGGUGGUAACUUUGCUUUGAAUACAUUAUAUUAUGGAGAGUACAAGAAUUAUGGGCCAGCUUCUUCAACCAAAAGGCGAGUGAGAUGGCGUGGCUAUCACGUUAUAACAAACCCAAGGGAAGCCGCAAGGUUCACUGUGUCAAAGUUCAUUGCAGGAAGAUCAUGGUUGCCUUCAACUGGUGUGCCUUACAGUGAUGAUCUUUGAUCCUUAGCCCGUUAGCCCUCAUUUCUUAAUUGGAAACAUGUUUGGGCAACCAGCUGAUUUCAAAUUAAUCGCAGCAAGGAAUCACCAUUAAGUAAUUGGUUCACUAUUAAACAGAACCAAUUAUCCUGUCCAAGUUAUUUUUCUUAUUAUUUUUGCUUCUCAUUGCCAAUCCUUUGUAAAAUCUUAUUAACUGAUUACAUUUUUUUUUUCCUGCUA